AUGGCGAGCUCGGAGAACGCUGGCGGACCAGUGUUGGUUCAACACGCAUCUCCUCCACAUGUCCUCAGUCCCGAUGUCACCGUCGUUCCCAUCUCGGCUUUUAGUCCAGGACCUCAUACCCAGCCGUCUCCUCUGCCAGAAGCCGUCAUCGGCCCUACGGUUGCCUCUAGCCCUCCACGGCCUCACAGCGGGUUAACAACACCGGCACCUGAGCUGCCUGAUACAGAGAUGGCAGAUGCUCCUCUCCCAAGUCCAGAAAUCUCCCUGAGGCCGGAGCAAGAAACAGCUACAGAAUCUGUGCCGUCACAGGAACAAUUUCGCACGACUGAAGAGCGGCCUGGCAUAGGGACGGACGUCCCUGAACAGAUGCAUGAAGAAGGUCAGGUCGGGAGUCAAGAGACAGAGGAGCCAGGUCAACAACCGGGGCAAGAAGUUCAGAUCUCUCUGCCACCUCCAGCUGUUGUGCAGGAACCCAGGCGUGACGUUCCGGUAUGGGCGACUUGGGAAGAUGACCUAACUACUCCUACCGACGAGGAAUUGGACGAGUUAAGAAGGAGAGAGGCCAGAGGAACAGAAUUGAAUGCCCUGGAUGUACCCAGCAUCGAGAAGCGUAUCUAUCAAGAUGUUGAAGAUCCAGAACAACGGCCUGUCAAAAAGCUGAGGCUAAAUUGGGUUGUCAAAGGUGUCAGAGGUACUAGAGACAACCCGAAUCACGCCAGAGUCAUGGUCUCUCCAGUGGCGAAGGUGGAUGGGAACUAUUGGCAGAUAAAGUUCUAUCCUCGGGGCAACAAAUGCUCCUCCCUGAGCGCUUACAUCAAGUGCAGCAAGCAACCUCCAAAACCAGACGGGGACAUCCCCGAGUGCACCUUUGCCUUCUUUGAAGGGCCUCCGGAUGCCGAGCUCGGGACCGGAGCUACUCCAUCUCAAACACUGACGAUUAAAACUAGCUCGAGAGAUCUCAGUGUUGAUACAUCAGCAGGCCAUAUGCCGCCCUCAGGUUCUCAGAAACCAGAUGAAAACGAUCCCGCUGCCUGUCCCGGCCCCGAUAUUCAGAUGGGCACUGACAGCGAAUCACUAGACGUCAGAGAUGUCGGAGAGCCGGUCGAAGAGGAUUGGCGAGUGCCAGCACAGCUAGGAAUGGUGAUGUACAAUCCAGACGAGCCACGCACAUGCACCUACAUGUCUUCCCAGCAUCAGUUUGCAAAGUCCAACGACGACUGGGGAUGGACUGACUUUGUCGGCCCCUGGAGCGAUAUUCACAUUCGUCAGCAUCUGCAACGGCAACCCCUUCUUCGAAACGAUACUCUCGCCAUCGAUGCCUAUAUACGCAUCUUUGACGACCCCAGCCAGGCCUUGUGGUGGCAUUCGUCUGACACAGAGACCCAAUGGGACUCUAAGUCGCUCGCUGGCUACUACCCCAUGGGUACACCCCCUCUUCAUCACAGCCCUGCGGUAGCUGGGAUGACCGCCUGGCUCCUCCUCGCCCCGUUUCGUAAGGUAAUUCAGGAACUCAAUGCAGGCGAGCGGCGGCGCAAUUCACACGUGCCUCCGAGACCAGUUAUAUGUCAACUACAGAUGAUCUUGUUUUUGAUGCGUUCACAGACGAGAGAACAUGAGACGUAUGUGGAUGUCUACCCUGCCAUACAGGCUAUCGAGGAUUCGGGAGAAACUUACAACGAUGUCAAAACAUUCUGGGAGGUGCUCCGAAGAACAGUUGAACUGGAACUGGAGGGAGACCAUGCCUCACUGAGACAAUUGAGCAACAUCUUCGACACUCCAGACGGCCCUGUCUCUUUGCCACCGUUACCAGUCCAAGGGGUCAAGGAUAUCCAACAAGGCCUAAACCAAGUUCUAGCAGCUACAAACCUCAAAGGUCGUCUGCCCAACUUCUUGCCACUUUAUCUAGCUCGCCAGAAGUUCGAUACAACCGCACGGGAAUGGAAACUGCUACGCGACCGUGUCAUCCUGAAUGAAGAGCUUGAUGUCUCGAAGUACUCUACGGAAGGUGAGCAGGCUAAGUACACUCUCUACGGCUUCAUGGUUCAUGUUGGAGGAAGAAACUCUGGCAGAUUCUACAGUGUCCUAAGGCCGGGUGGUCCUAAUACUAAAUGGCUUGCUUUUGAGGACGGCGAUGGAAAUAAGAUUUUCUCAUACACUCGAAAGCGCAUUCAGGAAUUUGAAGGAGUUGAGGGACGAGCGUUGAGGGAUGCUAACCUCACCGGCCGGACAGCUUAUAUGGCGAUGUACAUCAAAACCAAUUGCCUUGGUGAAUAUCUGCCUGGCAAGUUGGAGCCAUACCAGCUUCCCAAGUGGCUGGUCCCUCGUCUCCAGUCUCAAUAUCAGCAUGAAGAUGAGAUUCUCGAGGAUGACCCCGACAAUGAGAGUACGGAACAUAUGGGUAUUGAGGUAUAUGCUGACGAAGGCAUCAUCGGAUGGGAAGGUCUUCUCAACAUGUCCACUAUCAAGCAGCGGUGUCGACAACAGGGGCGAUCGUAUUUGCUGCGCUCACCGAGGUCCGCGACGUUCGAGGAGUUGAGACAUCAACUGACCCAACAGCUCCGACUUGAAGAUCCGGAGAAGGUACGCUUAUUUUCGAUGUGUCACAUGGACGUCGGACGAUACCUGAAUCCACAGACCUUCCCCGUCAACCUGCAGGAUCUUGUGUCCGUGGGAGGCCUCAUGGAACAGCCCUUGUGCUUGUGGAUGUCGAUUCUCAAAACUCAGGAAGAACUCGACCUCUUUGCUGAACAUGACCGCCUGCAUCACAGACAGCUGGCCCAAGCCGCACAGCUUUCCCCAACCGGAUCAGGCGCCGUGAUCGACAACACUCCUGAAGAACAACUUGCCCCUCCUGAUGCUGAACAAGCCUCGGUGCACGCCGCGGUCGCUGCAGACGUGGAGCAUGCCGCAGAACGGACGGGCCAGCCACUAUAUUCACUAGGGGAGAUGAAUGACCCAGAUACGCCAAUGCAACUGGAGAUGCCGCCUCCCACUGCCGAAGAGAGUCUCACUGCCAAUGUGCCCCACGGUCAUUUGAUUGAUGCGGCGGCACACCAAGGCGAUGUGUCCGCGGCAGGUGCAGGCAGCAGCGAUGAGAAUUUCCAGUCGUCAGAUGGGGAUGUGAUCAGAUUAUCCCCAGUAGAGGAAGCGAUUGUAGCAGCGGCCAUUUCUGGGGGUGCAGGGCUGAUUGUUGUUAUGGACGACGAGGCCGAAGGGAGAGACGCCAUCAAUGGGUCAUCCGAGUCGUCUGAGUCUUCCGGAUCGGCAUCCACGGAGCCGCAAGAACAUCCACAGAGCGUCUAUGGCUUCAUCCAAGUCUUUGAUGUGGACAAGCAAAGCCUUACGGUGCGGGGCACCUUUUUUGCACGACGUGACAGCAAGGUAAGGGAUGUCAUAUGCAAACACAUGGGAUGGCCCACCGACAAGGAAUUCACUGUCUGGCGCCGUGAGUCAGCAGUCCGAGGGGUGAUUGUUGAGCGCGACGAAACCUUCAAAGAUGAUGCAUUCUGCAAUGGAAUGGUCAUCAUUGUAAGUGAGCCAAUCUCGGGAGCCAGAGUCAAGGAACUCCACGAGGAAGGUGCCUUCUCUGAUCCUUUUGAUUUGUCGUCGUAUCUUCGAAUGGUGGAGCGAAAGCACCCAGUUGCAUCCAAAACGACGAGUGAACCUAUUGAGCUGGCCGAGUUUGGAAGUGAUUAUUUCAAAGGUCCCCUAGUCAACGGCCGAGGCCAUGGCGAGCAUUGCUUGAGCAUCAGCUCUUCAGGGGAGACGUACGAAGGACCGUUGAUCUGCAACAAGAAAUGUGGCAAGGGGGGCAAGAUGAUAUAUCGCAAUGGCGACACCUACGACGGCGAGUGGGAUAACGACGAGCGCCAUGGACAGGGCACUUUUGUGGAACACAGAACAGGCAACAAGUAUGUCGGCGGGUUUGAAUACGGCAAGCGGUGGGGGAUGGGGACGACAUACUGGCAGGUCGCCGACGAACAGGCAGACCUCUGCCAGAUCUGCUACGGACAGGAGAUUGACGCAUUGUUUUUCGACUGUGGACACGUCUGUUCUUGCGUUGAGUGCGCGAAACAGUGCGAGAUCUGUCCCAUCUGCAGGAAGCCUGUGAAGCAAGUGGUGAAGAUGUUUCGAGCAUGA